AUGUGGAUGGAGCGGAGCUGCCUUCAGCGAAGCAAGAAAAUGGAUAGCGAAGAGGAGGUCUUCAGGAGGAGAGAAAAGAAGAGGAGAAUCGCAUUUUUGGAGGAUGAGGAAUCGUCCAGCAAGAAGAGCCAGGGAGAGAAGAGAACUGGCUCUGAGGAGGGGAUCGUCUCCCAAAAGACAGAUCACCAAGGCCAGAGAGAAGAACAGGAAGAGGAAAAGGAGGUCCUUGACAGAAGAAACGGAGCCAAGAGGAGAAGAGAAAACUCUUCAAGCAAGAAAGAAGAGGAGAACUCCAGGGGCUUAGGAAACAGCAAUUGUCAGCCCUCCCACCCCACCAGCACAAUCUCUAACAACAUCCAGAGAUUCAUUUUCCAUCAUGUGCUUGGUCGGGGAAGUUUUGGAAAGGUGGUGCUGGCAGAGGACAAGUAUACCCACCAGCAAUUUGCCGUAAAAGUCAUCACAAAGAGAGACCUGCUUGCUGAAGGAGAAGAGCACGCAAUGGUGGAGCGGCGAGUGUUACAACUUGCAUCUGGCUGCCCCUUCCUUCUUCAUGGCACAUUUGCAUUCCAGACCAAGCUGGCACCACCUAUGGCAACACUGGACAAACCCUGGGGACCAGGCAAUGUGCCUAAAACAUUUGGGGCUGACUUUGGGUUUAUUGAAGUCUAUGGAACAUCUUACUUGCACCUGGAGUGGUCAAACUGGGUCCUAAAAUCUACUACUGUCCUCCCCUUCCCUAUGGAUGUAGUUCUUAAUGAGUGCUUCAAAAUGGAGCUUGUUCUACUUGGCAUGGAAUAUGUCACCUGUGGAGAUUUCCACCAACUCCUGCGGAGGAAGGGGCGUCUUGACAUCCCCAGUGCAAGAUUCUACGCCGCAGAACUUGUGUGUGGAAUUCAAUAUCUGCAUUCUAAGGGUAUCAUCCACCGAGAUCUCAAGCCUUCCAACAUCCUGGUGACUGAAACGGGCCAUAUUAAGAUUGCCGACUUCGGUCUGGCACUUGAGAACAUCUAUGGAGACCGAACAGCCACAGAAUACACUGGAACACCGGGCUUCAUGGCUCCUGAGAUCCUGGCUGCGGAGGAGUACAAUGCUGGAGUAGACUGGUAUGCAUUUGGCAUCAUCUUGAACAUCAUGAUUACCAACAGCCACAAAUACCAGCGAGGACUAUUCAAUGCCUCCAGCAAAGAGGCAAAGAACAUCAUUAAAAAGCUCCUCCGGGAAGAUCCUACCAGGCGUCUCGGAGUCAAUGGCAACAUCAGAGCCCACAGGUUUUUUCAGUGUAUUGACUGGGACUCGGUGGAAGCCCUUAGGAUGCGUCCACCACACAUUUCUAAACCACCAAACAACAUCCAGCGUGGCUCAAGACCAUUCAAUCUCCAAAUCCUGGAAGCAGCAGAGGCUAGCAACUUGGCCAUGUCAGCAAACCACCAGGCCUUAUUCACAGGGUUUUCAUUUACCAACAUCAGCUGGAAAACCCCAGACCAUCCACCAGCUCUUUAAUACCAUCAGAGCAAGCUGUCUUCCUAAGCCCCAAGUAGAGCUUCAGAAAGGAGAAGAUCAAGAUGGGCAAGCCGGACCUGGACAAGCAGGCAAGAAACAUCAUCAUCACAAGACUAAAGUCAGGAUCAGGACCUCAAAGGAACACCAGAGAUAUUCCUGUUCAAGAGGAUGGCCACAGAGAUGGAUGACACCAAAGAGGUAAGUACCCUUGGGGAAAUAUUAUUUGGCAUUAUGAUGUGCCUGGACAUACCAGGCACACUACAUGCCCAUGACAAUUGCAGCCUUAUGCUACUAUAUGUAUAGUGUUCUGCUGUAUAUAUAAUACAUAAGAGAGCAAAAAAACCACUAUAAUUAUAUUUACCGGUGAUGACCGGUAAAUAUAAUUACAAUUUUUCCCCUCUUCUAUAACAACUGAUUGUGAUGUUAUGGGCGAUGGGAAGAUAAGGUGUGUGAUGGCUGGCUAUUAAGGGGUGGAGGAGGCCAGACGGGGGGGAAUUUACUAAAAUCAACAUUUCAUAUCAUGGUCUUGGUGAAAAGCAUGCUAAAGUAAGAUGUGACACACAGUCGAGUCUCAUUAUUAUGACUACCAGCUAAUAUCUAAAGUAACCAUUAUGUGCAGCACGGACAGCAGCUAGACGACCUUGGAGUGACUCAAUAAGGUCCUGGUAGGUUGUUACAGGUAUCUGGAGCCAUGCUGACUGCAGUGCAUGGAGGGUGCGUGGGGGUGAAUCCAAACAGCGAACGCAAUGAUCGAGGUGGUCCCACAAAUGCUUAAUUGAGCUCAAGUCUGGGAAAUUAUGGGGACCAGGGUAGUACUUGGAAGUCUCUUCCAAGCAAUGUGAGACAUUUCUAGCUGUGUGACAUGUCACAUUGCCUUGCUGGAAGAUCCCAUCUGCCCAAAGGAAGACAAUCAGCUUGUAUGGGUGUACGUGAUCUGCAAGGAUGAAUUCAUACCCACAUGCAUGGCCAACUCUGCCACCACCAGCUUGUGUUCUUCCAGUUAUGGUUGCAGCGUGUUUGUUCUUUGAGGUUUCUCGUAUGACACACCAAUGUCCAUCCAGUCAAAAAGCAAAAAAAAUUACCCAUUGGAGAAGGCAAUCCUUUGCCAAUUAGCGGAGGUCCAAUUUCUAUAUUGGCACGGAAAACGAAGCCUUUUAUGCAGCUUUGUUAUCAGAAAGGCAGUGACCAUUCAUCUGCUUUAGGGCUCAUUCAGACCCCCGUAUAAAUGGGUCUGCAUCCGUUCCACAAUUUUAAGGAACGAAUGUGGACCCAUUCAUUUUAACGGGUCCACAAAAGAUGCGGACAGC